GGGGAAUUCCUAUGCAUUUCCUGCUUUACCUUAUUUACCCAAUUUAACAUAACUAUCUGAUCUGAAAUUAGUGAUGUAAGCAUAAAAAAGAAAAUCUAUUGGAGGUUCUUAGGUAAGCUCCGAAUUUCUUUGUUGUAUAAUGUUUACUUGAUUAUAUUAUAAUCAUUUACUAUUUUAAAUUUAGUCUUAUCAAGUUUUCUAAGUCACACUAACUUUUACUUUUACUUAGAGUUCAACUCAAUAUCACUGAUCACUAACUAACUACUCUUACUACUCUACUAACUAGUGACUAUUGACAAUUGACUAAGUAAAGUCCAAUGAAUGAUAUUUUAAAAUAUUUAUUAUAUUUAUAUAUUUAUUUCUAAUAUAGGCCUAGUUAAGUUAAAGUUUAAAUAGUUUGGGCUAGGCUCUAGGCCACGAUAUUUAUGAUGUCAGUCAAUAUUAAUAAUUAUGUUAUACUUAAUAUUAUUAAAAUUGAUCUGUAAUCUGUAUACUAUUAAAUAAUAUGCAGAGAUUUUAUCGCUAUAAUUUUUAAGUGUCAAUUAAUAUUGACAAAUAAUUUUUUCCUUUAUUUCUUUUCAUUUAUUUUCAGAUUGCUUUUAAACAAUGUCUCAAAAAGGACCAUGCCUAACAGAACAAAAAAAAUCUAUGUAUGAAAUUAGAGCAGAUGCUGCUAUAAUUCUUGAAGAAUUCUUAAAGAAACAUAUUGCUGAGAAUGAUUUUAGAAAUUCUGCAGUUACAGGGCGAAACAAAAGCGAUCCACUCUCAGAAAGAACAAAAGUUUAUGUGGGGCAUAAAAGAAAUGGUGUUCCACGCAGCAAAACAAUGCCAUCAAAAACAGAUUCCCAAGAGAAGAAUGCAGAAAAUCAUUCAAACAACAAUGGAAUGCCACGAAGUAAAACAAUACCAUUUGAAAAUGACCCAUCAAAAGUUAAUGAUCUGAAACGUAAAGAUUCAGAUUCUUCUUCUGAUAAAAAUGUUCGCAUUCAUGGAAAAAGCAUGGAAAAUGGCUUUGAGUCUUCUGCAGAUUCUGAUGGUGAUCCAGAAGAAGUUUUGUCCAACAGGAAAAAGAAAAGUGCUUUCAAAAAAGCUAAGCAGAGGCUCCGCCAUUGGUUCCAUUUAAGUACUAGAGACAAGAAAGAUGGUUUAAUGACAGGGAGUGAGCAAAAUACCCCCACAGUGACAAAGAAAAUUAAGAAAAAGUACUCUCUAGAUGACCAUGGUCACACUCACAGAGCUGACUCUAAAUAUUCUACAUUAGAUACGGUAAAUAUUCAUGCUCAGGGUCAAGCCGAUAAAGACUCCCAAAAAAAUGGAAGAAAAUCUUCUUUCUUUGGCUCUAUCCGCAAAACACAAAAAAUUAAAGCAGCUGUGGCCAGUGAAAGUAAACCAGGUAAAGAAAUAUUAUAAUUCUAUUUAAAAAAUGAUAGGUUGUUUUUCCGUCUUCUUCUCCUGAUGCCUUUUCACCCCGUCUGGGACAUAGGCCGUCCACAGGAGUUUUCCAUUCAUCACGGUCCUGUGCUUUCCUUUCCAGUUGCUUCCAGGUGUAUCCUAUAUUUUCUGCGUCUGCCUCUAGCUCGCAUCUCCAUGUUUUCUUUUGCCUUCCUCUCUUUCUUUUUCCCUGUGGAUUCCAUGUUAGGGAUUGUCUGGUGACACUAUCUGGGGGUUUUCGGAAAGUAUGCCCUAUCCACCUCCAACUUCUCUUUAUGAUGUCUUCAUCAAUGGGCACCUGGUAAGUCCUUUCUAUUAGAUCUUUUUUAGUGAUGGUAUUUGGCCAUUUGAUGUUCAGGAUGUUUUUCUUAAUAUGUUGUGAAUUCUUAACAUACAUUUUCAGCUUUUUUUUCACAUAAAAAAUUUUGAGAAUAAAUAACUUAGAUAAAGGUGGAUAUUGUUAGUUGUAAAUAACUUAGAUAACGAUGGAUAUUUUUAGUUGUAAAAUUGUAACUUUUCUAAUUUGUGUAUUAACAUAAUUCAUUGCAUUGAUUGUACAUAUUCAUAUUCAGCAUAUUAAAUAAAACCACAGGCAAAGAAAAAAUGUGCUCAUUGACUUAUCAAUUGUACUGAGAUAAUAAUUGAAGGAAUGCAUUGGUGAAAUGUAUACAUCUUAUAGUCCUGUCUUUUAAUUCAAGCUUCAACAUAUCUUGCUAUACUAUUUUAAUUAUACUAAGCAGCCAUCCUGUGUGGUCAAAUGCCCUUACUGACUAAGAAUUGUCUAUAGCACACUGGUAAUUCCUGACUGAUUGAGGAACAAAUAAAUUAUUUGUAUAUCCUUUGGUCUUUUCUUUGAAGGAAUGUAUUCACCCUCAUCAUGCUAAUCUUAAGUAACUAUGAUGUAGUGGGUAGGAUUUAUUAUUCAAUUAUAAAUUUUUUGUUAACAAAUCCUUUUUCUUUACAUAUUUCAUCCAGUAAUGGUUGUUUUCUUUGUAUUAUAUUGCUUGUUUUAUUAAAAUUAAAGUAGGUAAAAGUGCUGAUCAUUAUUUUUCUUUACCUGAUACACUUAAGAAUGAUGUUAUACAUUUUGUUUAUUGAUGAAGAUGAAUUUUUCGUGGGUGUCUUAAAGAAAUAGGUCAUCACAAAUAUAUAACCCCCCACCCCAAUUUUAAUUUUUUUGUUGUGUAAUAACAGUAACGGAAUGUAUUUUUUUUAUUUUUCAAAGGUAAAUAAAAAAAGUAUCUUGCAAUCUAAAUUUUAACUCAGGGUCAGGACCUAAAAAAUAGGUCAUCACAAAUAAUUCCCAUGUGAUAUAUAGGUCUCUCUCCCCCCCCCUCCCCAACAUUUCAAAUGUUUAGUUGUGUAAUAACUACAUACUUUUUUUAAUUUUUCAAAGGUAAAUAAAAAGGUAUCUUGCAAUCUAAAUUUGAAAUCAGGGUCAGGACAAUCUGUAGUUAGGAUUAUUCCAGGUUUAACAGGCUAAGACUUAUGCUAGAAAAGAAUGGACAUGUAAUCUCUUCAAAAAUUAUUAUAACAUUACUCCUUUUUUUCCUAGAGAUUACAAGAGUUGAACUGGAGAAACCUAGGAGCAGUCUAGUGUCAUUCCCCGCUAUUGCUGGUGCAGUGGCACAGGGUCUCAUUAACUUACCCACAGAUAACAAUCAUCAUCUUCCUGCUCCUCCACCCCCACCACCUGGCCAAGCAUCACCCACAGAUAACAAUCAUCAUCUUCCUGCUCCUCCGCCCCCACCACCUGGCCAAGCAUCUUCUGUAUCAAAAUCAUCUAGUCCCUCACCCCUCAACAUAGGGUCAGUCCAAGCAGCUAAUUCAACUUCCUCUUCCAACUUCCCGGCAUCAGAUUAUACUAAAGAUGGUUCAAACACUAACAUACUCUCUAGCGUUAAAAGCAACGCCCUUGAUAGUCCAGGAGAGGACAUUGAUUAUAUAGAUCUUGAUGAUUUGGCUAGUCAAACCAGUAGCAGUAAAGUUGAUGUUAGGAGUGGGAGUAGCCCAAAAAUGUUUAAAAAAUUCCUUGGAAGCUCAGGAUUACUAAAAUUAAAAUUGCUGGCUGAGUCAAUUGGAAGAGAAAAUGAGGAACAGGAAGAAAUGGUUGAUGGCAUUUCUUCCUCAAAGAUGACAUCGCAAGCAGCAACAGACUUUCUAGAUGAACUAGGCCAUGGUUAGUAUAAUUUUUGUCUUUAAAACAUUUGUUGCAGAAUGUGUAAAUUAAGUGCUGGUUUUAACAAUUAUCAUUGAUUCAGCUUGGCAAGAACCUGUCAGAUGUCACUCCUGCUAAUUGAAAGGUUACAAAAAUAUUUGUUAUAAAUUGAUAUUUUAAUCUUUAUAUUAUUUUUCCCCUCCUAUUUUAAAAAAAAAUUUACAGGCAACUUUAGUAAUUUUAUAUGCCAAUAGGCUUUUAAAAUUUAUUUUAAAACUUGUAUUGUUUUAGUUUUAGCUGUUUGAAAUUUUUUGAAUUAAACAACCAGUUAUCAACGUGCUUUGCUUAUUAUAGAUGCUUUAGAUGGACAGAACUCAGCUAAAGCUCAGCAUCAGUCUGACAAAGAUGAGCUAUAUGGAAAGAUUGCUAAGAAAUUGGCUGAGAUGGCUGACUCCUAUUCUGCAACUAUGUCAGAUCCUGAAUCAAGAAGUGUGGCUGCUGUGCUUGCAGGUAUUCCACAUGAUUACAAGAAUAUUCAUUUUUUAAAAAUAUAAAUCUGUUAAAAUUUACGUUCACAAAUAUUUUAAAAUUGUGUGCAUCUAAUUGUGCUUAAAGUACCCUAACUAAAAUCUGAAACAAUCCUUGGAGUUCAAAAAGCAGUAAAUGGGUUUCUAGCUGUGUUUCAAAUGAACCUCCAUCUAUUUUAUCUUUUUGAUACAUUUUCAAAAAAAGCUGUUGUAAAUUAUAAGAAUGUAUAAAUAUAUAAAUGAGGAAACCUAACCAUUUAAUAAAGACAAAAAUUUCACUGUGCAAGUUAAAAGUCUAAGGAAAUAAAUUAUGUUGGCUCAUCUGUAAUUUUCUCAUUAUCAUCUUAUUAAACUUUAUAUUUUUUAAAACAUGCUGCGUGGGUUAUAAAUAUUAGUAAUAUAACAGAUCUCAGAAUUAAAGUUUAAACAGAGCACUAUACUUCUUUUUAAGAAAUUGAAAUAUAAUUUUAUCAGAAUUUGUAUUUUACUUAACUUUUGCAGCACCACCCUCUGAACUGGAAAAGGAUAUCAUUGAUUGUUUGAGAUCCAUUGGUGAUAGGAAUUCAGCUGUUGUAAGUGUAAUGUUUUAAUUUUUAUAAAAUUAAUACAGAAUGAUCCCAUUAAUAUUUUGGGAUUGACAUCUAUGACUGCUGCCAUUGAUAGGAAAAAUCCAUAAACCAGACAAAAGUCCACAUUUAAGUAGCAAGUACACCUAGGAUUGUUACUAACAAAAAACUAUUUUAAAAAAUGUAACAGUUUGUUCUUAAUACUAUAUAUUAUCCCCUUUCAUUGUCCAAUGAGUCUAAUGACAUUUUCUUCAAACAUAAUGUUUUAUAUAACCUAUUGCUUUAACAGCUAGCAUUUAAAGGGUAAAACUUAAAAUUGCCUGAUCACAGAUUAAAUAAUAUAUUAGAUCAUAUUAAAAAUCAUAUCCAUCCAUCCAUGUGGGGCUGCAGACUUAACUAAUGCUUUUCUUUUCCAUAAUUGGAUUCCCACCGGCUGUAGAGCUUUGUCCACAUCAUCAAUCUAAGCGUAGGUCUGCUUUGAGCUGUUUAUCUCUGAGGUUUUGGUGAUGUACUCUCUCAACUCCUAUGUCAUUUGGUAUUCUUUCUAAGUGUCCCACCCAGCAUAGCCUACCCUUUUUUAUUUCUGCUACUAGCGUGGGAUCCUGAUUUAGACUGUACAAUUCCUGAUUGGUUUGUAUUUUCCAAUCCAUAUUCAUCCUUUGUUGGUCCAUAUAUUUUCCGGAGAGCUUUUCUCUCUAAUGUAUUUAAUUGGUUUUCUGUCAUUUUUGUUAGGGUCCAAGUUUUCCUUGCAUACGUUAAAACUGGUCUGAUUACAGUUUUGUAAAUAGUGUUCUAUGCUUUUCUUGUAAUGUUUUUACUUUUGGCUAUUUUCUAACAACUGAAGUAUGCCCUGUUUCUGGCUGAUAUUCUUUCUUUUAUUUCUGUUAAGUAAUUCGUUUCUUUCAUUUAAUAAAGAUUCUAAGUAUUUGAAUUGAUUUACUUUUUCAAAAGUCUGGUUUCUGAUUUUAAUGGCUUCAUCUGUCUGUUCUUCUCAUAACAUAGUCAUGUAUUUUGUUUUUUGGUUGUUAACUUCCAGCUGUAGUGAUGCAUCUUCUAAUUUAAUGAAAGCUUUUGAUUUGUCUUUACUACUUUUCCCUAACAGUUCUAUGUCAUCAGCAUAUGCUAAAUAUUGAAGGGGUUGGUUGUAGUCAGUGCCUAUUGGUUGUGAGUCUUAAUUUUCCCACAGAAAGUAUCCAGUUAUUAUUCCUCUGGUGUCAAUAUGUAUGCUACUUAUAACUCUCUCAUUGUAGUUUAAUAGCUUACAAGACAGUCUCUCCUUGUCUUAGGCCUCAUCUAAUCUGAUUAAAAGUCAAAUAUGGUACAGAGAAUAAUUAUUAAUAAAUCUGGCACCAGUCCCACCUGUCUGCCAAACUUAAAAGUUUGGGAGGCAGUGCUCUAAGAUGAUUUCCCAAAGUUAGCUAGGUUAAUUUGUUGGAGUUUAUUUUAAAUGAAUUUUUUUUAAAUUGUAACUGUUGUAGUGCAUUUGAUAAAACUGAUAACAUUUUUAGGGCCAUUUUUCAUGAAGUUGUUACAUUUAGUCAAUAAGGAUUAUGAUCAUGCUGGAAGAAAAUCUUAGGAAUGAGAUGCUUAAUGGCUUUUUUUUUGGAAUGCUUAUAUCAAAAGGAUGUAUGAACAUUGACAUGAUUUGAUUUCUUUAAGGUCAACAUAUUGUGAAAGAUUAAUAAGAAUUACAGAAAUAAAUGUUAAAUUUUAAUUAAAAAAUCGUUUUGCAAUUAUCCACAUUAGAAUUAGAACACAUAUUUGGUUUUUGGAUGCACCCUGUAUUAUAUGGUUUGAUUAUUUUGCCAGUCAAAAUCUAUUAUGACCAUUUUAAUCAUCAGAUACUUUCUGAUUCUGGUUGUGGGUGAACAGAUGGCUGAUGAGACAGAUUUUUUCAUGAAAUGUUUUUAUGCAGUAGGUGCAAGGAAUGGAUGGGAUACCUCCAGGUGCAGAGUUAACCCAGUCUGAACCAUAUCCUGUGUAUAUUUAUAUGCAUACAUGCACACACCUCUCUGUCAUUUAACAUUCUAAAAAAAUUAUGUUUCAAUAGGUUGAUGAAAAUUUUGAAGCAGCAAGAGCUGAAGCCACAGAAGAAGCCUAUCAUAGAUUCAAGAGCACCAUUCAAAACUCUAUGGGAAGUGAGCUCAGCUGGAAUCAUUUGGCAUUUGUAUUUUUCACAACAAAAGGUGUUAUAUCUGCUGUAGGAAAGGGAACAAAAGCUGCUGCAAAGGCCAAGGAGUUUACUUUAGAUUAUAUUAGCGAUAAUUUUGCUUCUUGGAUCAUGGACCAAGGUGGAUUUGUAAGUUUAUUGACAAAAAGUUAUUAAUUAAAGCAGACUUUUUUUUUUCAAUAAUACUUUAAAUUAAAUUUACUUCUUUUUAUUUAAUCUGAACUUAGCAAGUAUUUAUUGAAUCUUAAAGACCUUAAUAUAUUAAUCUAGAAAUCGAUAGAUACAGGUAAUUAAAAUUAAUAUAGACUUGUGGGGAUGGAAGCAAAUUUACAAUGCAGGUUGCUUUAUCCUUUUCAUAUUAAACCAUUUUGAUAUUCUAUCAGUAGGAGAGAUAGAGGUGGCUAAUAUAAUAUUGAGAGUUAUUUGUCAUAAAGCAAAGGUUAUCAAAACCAAACACACACAUGAUGUUAUAAAAUGAGUCAGCUGUGUUAUUUAUUUCACUGUUUUGUCUCUUUCCUCAACAGGAUAGCAUUAUGGUCAGCAGCAGCGAUUCAGAUUUUGAAUUGGAUUAAGGAACAAGGAUUACCAUCUAUGGCUCAUGGUUUGAUUUGUUGUGUCCUGGAACUUUGCUGAAAUAAUUUGUAAAGCUUAUGACUGCUGUGUAAAAAUGAUUUUUUUUAAUAUUUUUUUUUUGAAAAAAGGAUAAAUGAUUUUACACGGUCAUAGACAACAACAAAACUGUUUUUUUCCAAGGCUUUGUUUAUUGCAAAAUAUAAUCAGAGAUUAUAAUAUAAAGAAAAAAAAUCAAAAGUACUUCCAAGUUAUUCAAAACCAGGCCAUUAUUUUUUUGGUCGUAUCAUGUUAUUUUUUUUAGCAGUGGUAUGCAUCAACCAUCAGCAAGCAUUGGGUUAUUUUUCAUUCCAAGAAGACUUUAACUUUUGUUACCGGUUUUGAUAUGAAUCUUCUGCUAUUAGCUUAUCAUGUUUUUCAUCACUGUGUAUAGUGAUUCAUCUUUUUUUACACAGUGAAAACUUUGAUGAGUAGUCAUUGCUAAUGAAGUGAUGAUCAGGACAUUUAAGAACACAUUUCUGUUUUUCUACAUAAUUCAUGUUACAGUACUGUAAUAAAUGUUUGAAACAUUGAAUAGUGAUUAGUUGUCAUAAACCAUAUUGGUACCCCUCAAAAUUCUUUGUUAAUGAUCAAAGAACAUCUUCCUUUUUCCAUUCUUGAGCUAAAGAAACAUGAAGCAUGCAUAGACUUGGUAAAUAGCUAAGCAUUUAUUUGGAUGCUGAGAGCGUUCGCUUUGAAUCCAAACAGGUGAAUCCCACUCAAUUUAUCAACUUUCUUGGCUCUCUAAUCACCUAUAUGUAUUUUUAUCCCUGGUAAGACAUUCAUGCCUCAGGGUACAACAAUUUCCCAUCUUUUGGCUUUUCAUUCAAGAAAAUUUUUGACUUUUUUGUGCAGAUCUUAGAGGCCAGGAAGUUGUCAUGUAUAAUACAGUUAAACCCGCUUAUCUUGCCAACCCUGUUAUGUCGACAUUUUUUAAGUGGAACUGCCAAAUUCUCUCUUUGCCUCAGCAUUUUCUCCUCGGUUAUGUCGAUUCUUUUAUGUCGCCAAACCCUGAUAUCUCGAGCACAAAAGGCGACCAAAUGUGCCACUUAACCUCGGUUAUCUUGAUCCCCAUGACCAAUCGCCGGCUUUUGAACUCCGCAAGAAGAAAUUGCAAACAACAAAUAAUCAAGUUUUUCAUAGUGUAAUAAAAAAUAAUUAUUUAUUUCUCAAAAUACGGGACUUGUGUUUUAGAAUGAACCUUACAGUAAUUCAAAUAUAUAUUUUUUAAUUCGAGGUUUAAAAACCAGGUUAAGUCCAUUUUAUCAAUGAUCCUAAUUUGCUGUGUGCAAAACGUUGUCAUGGGCAGCCAUUCACGGUCAUAAUGACUAUGCCAUGGUGAUACAUCAUAGUUUCAUUCAUAAGAGUUUGGUGUGUGCAAAAGCUAUGAAACCAUUGGUCAGGGAAAGCUUUAAUUAAAUAGUCAUGUGCCAAAGUUGGUCAAAAUAAGUAGUCUCUAUAUCACGAUCAGCAGAAUGAAGUCACCAAAUGUGGAGAUUUCGUCCAUAGUAGAAAAUACCAAACGAACUCGCUCUUAAAAACUUUGUGGCGCAAAAAGUUCUGAAAUUCAAAAUUUGACUCUGGUUUCAUUUUUUUAAUUUGAAAUUUGCUCUAAAUAUCUGUAUUAAUUUUUUUUUUAAUAUUAUUUUUUUGUACUGAAGUACCUACAUUUAUUAACACAUCAUGUACAUAAAGAAAUUUCAAGCAUGUGUUUAUAUAUUGCCGCCAUAUUGGUUUUCGGUUAUCUCGAUGCUUUUUGGCGAACUCAGAAGUCGUCAACAUAACCGAGUUCUACUGUAAUGUGAGUUAAUGAUCUUCUGACUCCAUUAAUAUAUUUUGCUUUAAAUAUUCUUUUAUAAUUGGUGGUUACACAUAUCCUGCUUGCUCC